AUGAAUAGGCACGUUGUACAGAGUGUUAGAAAAAUGGCAGACGGUACGAUAAACCUCUGUGCGUCGCGAAAGAUGUCGUUCGGCAUAAAUGGCAAGUUGAACGGCGUGGAGGGCAAAACUCCGUUCCUAAUCGGCGUCUCCGGCGGAACUGCCAGCGGCAAGUCCACAGUUUGUAAGCGGAUAAUGGAAAAAUUGGGACAGGUGGACAUGGAUCACACGGAGCGCCAAGUUGUCUGCAUAUCGCAGGACAGUUUUUAUCGGGAAUUGACCACCAGCGAGAAGCUGAAAGCUGAAAAAGGACAGUUCAACUUUGACCACCCUGACGCGUUCGACAAUGAUAGAAUCUUACGGACCUUGAGGGAUAUUUUGGCUGGCGUUAAAUGCGAGAUACCAGCCUACGAUUACCGCUCUAACAGUAUAUUAAAGAAUCAAAUCACGACGAUAUAUCCAGCAGAUGUUGUUCUUUUCGAAGGGAUUUUGGUAUUCUAUUUUCCGGAAAUUCGAGAACUUUUUCAUAUGAAACUGUUCGUCGACACAGACUCUGACACUCGGUUGGCCAGGAGAGUGCCAAGGGACAUCAAAGAAAGAGGAAGAGACUUGGACUAUGUGCUGAAUCAAUACAUGAACUUUGUGAAACCAGCUUUCGAGGAAUUCUGUUUACCAACAAAAAAAUUCGCCGAUGUCAUUAUACCAAGAGGAGCCGAUAACACAGUGGCGAUAGACCUAAUAGUGCACCACAUCUGGGACAUUUUACGUUCGAAAAAGGCUGAAUCGUCAUCCGGGCAGCAUCCAUACCUCCAUCAACCUAGGCGAACAUCAGCAUCAUCCGACACACUCAGCAGAUGACUGAUCUAUAAUCAACCGAUCAGCACAGUUUAUAUACUAUCAUAAAAUAUUUCUAACCAUUUACAAUUCCCGGUGAACAGCUAUUCCCUCGAACCAUGUGUUACCCGUACGUUCUUUUUUUCACUACACACACGUGGAAUGAUUUCAGUCAUGUGAAAUAUUUUUCUGCACAAAUGCUUUAUACCAGCUGGUCAAUUGAGGAUCACUUUUUUCUUUUAUAACCAUCUCUAAAAGGAUGAUAAUCUUUUAUCGCUUGUAUUCAAGCAAUUAGAGUGAUUAUUGAGUCAAGACAUAUGACGAUAACAGAAGCUAUCGUUGUAGCUCAGGAAGAAAUGCCGUGCAUUUCGAAAUACAUCGUUCAAUUAUUGAUUUUAUAUGACCCGUGCGUAUUUGCAUUAUGAAUUUUUUCUCACGUAAAAAAUUGUUUCAACUUUUUUUCAUCCCAACCGAGUGAAUAGAUAGAAUAUUCGAAUGUUUAUAAUUUUGAAUCGACGUUAAGUGAUAAUGUAUUGUUUCAUAAUUUCGUGUGAAAUGAUAUGACCUUUAUAUGCAUAAUAGAUACAACGGAAAAAUAUAAUAAAUAUUAUGAUAUAAAUUUAGAUAUGACGCUGAACCGACGAUUUUACAACUAAACGUCAGAGAAUGAUGCGAGAUAAAUCAUCUUUCUCUCCGUGUAUCUUAAAAUAUAUCCAAUAUAUUCCAUAUAUUUAAUAUGAGAAUAAUAAUACUGUGAUGGAAUAAAUGUGAAAAAAAAACGCAAAAAAUAAAAAUAAAUGUGAAAAAAAUUAGUUGUCAUGUUUAUUUGAGAGUCAUGUAACUACGAUACGUUACACCGUGUUCUUGUACAUCGAUAUCUCAUUGAAUUUACAUCGAAAAUCUGAUUCGAAGGCUUAACAAAA